AGUGUUGUCAAUGUCAGUCAAAAUCAAAUUAUAUUUUGUUAUUGUGAUGUUAGAUUUCGUUUGGAAGCGAAAUCUAGCGAUGUGAUAAAAUAUUUUGUUAUUCAAUACAUAUGUUACCUUAAAAUAUAUUAGCUAAAUCAGUACCAAUCUAAAUAUGAGAUGUAAUUUAUUACAUAAACAAUAGUUUAAAACUUCUGUAUAUUGUUGUGAAUUGUGUAUAGGUUAGAAUGUGGUCACUUAUUGUUUUGUUAGUUUUAUCAUUUGUAGCUUACCUGUUUACUGAUGAAUUAAUACCAAAGUUAAAAGAGUUAUUCAUAAAGGCUGGUCUAUUCGGUGUAGACUUGUGUAAACCUACAAAAAAUAAAAUACCAGAAGCAGUCGGCGUUGUUUCUGGAUGCAUUUUUUUGGUGACAUGUUUCCUUUUCAUACCCAUUGUCUUUGGCAAUGGUCUUAUGGAUACGGCUCAUUUCCCCCAUAAUGAGUUUGCAGAAUUACUAGCAGCAUUGUUAUCAAUAUGUUGUAUGCUUCUCCUCGGUUUUGCGGAUGAUGUGUUGGAUCUGCGAUGGCGGUACAAAUUGCUGCUGCCAACUAUUGCAUCUCUCCCCUUGCUGGUCGUUUAUUAUGUCAAUUUCAAUUCAACAACUUUCAUUGUACCAUGGCCUUUACGACCAUGGCUGGGAUUGUCCAUAAACAUUGGGUUUUUGUACUAUGUGUACAUGGGGAUGCUGGCUGUGUUCUGUACAAACGCUAUUAACAUUUUGGCGGGAAUAAAUGGCUUAGAAGUGGGCCAGUCAGUGGUCAUAUCAUUGUCUAUUGUUAUAUUUAAUGCUAUUGAAUUGAGUGGAGAUCAAUAUAAAGCACAUUUGUUCUCUCUGCACAUUAUGAUACCCUACAUAGCAACUACAUUCGCAUUGCUGAAACACAACUGGUACCCAUCCAGGGUGUUCGUUGGAGACACAUUUUGCUAUGUGUCAGGGAUGACAUUUGCUGUGGUUGGAAUCCUCAGUCAUUUCAGCAAGACAGUCUUACUAUUCUUCAUUCCACAGAUUAUCAAUUUCCUAUAUUCAGUGCCUCAGUUAUUCCAUCUUGUUCCAUGCCCAAGACACCGCUUGCCUAAAUACAGUGCGGAGACUGAUUUACUCCAACCUAGUAAGACUGUAAUAGUAAAAAGAGAUAUGAAUAUUUUAACCAAAGUGAUAGUAGAAGUAGCAUCACUUUUGCGUUUAGUAGAUGUAAGAGAAGAUAAUGAUAGUAUAGUUAUGAAUAAUAUGACUCUUAUCAACCUGUUUCUUGUCAAAUUCGGUCCUAUGUCCGAAGUAAGGUUGACCAAAAGUCUAUUGUUGUUUCAGAUAUUUUGCAGCUGUAUUGCUUUUACUGUAAGAUAUCCAAUGGCAUCAUAUUUUUAUAAUAUUAAUAAUUAAUUGUUAUAUAUGCCAUUGUUAUUAAUUUAUUAUUUUAGAAGGCACAAACAUUUGUUUUAUUUAAAUUAUAAAUAUGAAAUUUUCUGACGGUACAUAUAUUGCACUCACAUUGCAUUCACUGUACUUUUGGAAAAUGCUUUAAGACUGCCUAUUGUAUCUUUACAAUUUUUAUUUUUGUGCAAGUUUAAAAUGAAAAAAAUUACAUAGAAAAUUUGUAUGUAAAAAACUUUUCUAACAGUCUAGAGACUACAUUUUAUACAUAAUUCUCAUAUUUUUGCAUGACUGCUCCAAUAAGGAGAAGUUCAUGUUUGUAUAAAUGUGAGUUUUUAAUUCCAUUUGUAUGAAAAAUUGUUAAACUAAACUAUAUUUUGUUAUAAUACAGAAAAACAGUAGUUUUCACCAUCUCCACUCGAAUAGGUAAUUCUUAUAUUGGCGAUAUCGAUUGACAUAAUAAAUUCAUUUUGUUUUAAUCCACUACUUUACUCGGAAAUAAAGCCUGUUUUUAUUA